AUGGAGCAGGUUGUAUUAAGUUAUGGAGACUCCCUUUUACGUUCUUCUGAUGUUACUCUACUUGAUGCUCCUCAUUGGUUGAAUGAUAACAUCAUCGGCUUUACCUUUGAAUUCUUGGCAUCGUCCUUGGCACCAUCUACAGCUGAAAGAGUUGCUUUCCUCAGCCCUGAAGUGAGCCAGUUCAUCAAAUGCUGUGGGAAUGAAGCCAAAGAUUUCCUACAGCCGCUAGAACUUCCUAACAAGGACCUUGUUUUGUUACCUGUGAAUGAUAAUGCAGGGUCAGAAGCAGGUGGCACACACUGGAGCCUCCUUGCCUACCUCCGUAGGUUCCAUGGUUUUCUUCAUUUUGACUCUGCACCAGGGACUAAUGCCCCACAUGCUAAGCGCAUGGCAAAAAACCUAAGUAUGUUACUGGGUGGUAAUCCUCAUUGUCAGGAGGAGAAGGCACCUGUCCAGCACAACAGCUAUGAUUGUGGAAUGUAUGUGGUAUGUGUGGCUGAAGCGCUCUGUGAGCAGUAUUUUGUUGGGGGUAACAAUCUGAACUUUCAAAAUAUUACACCCCAGUAUGUUACACAGAAGAGGAAAGAAUGGAAAGAGAUCAUCAGGGGACUGAGUUCUCAUUGCAAGGCAAAUUCUGGCCUUUGA